ACAGGCGAAAGUUGAUGGAACUGGACAGUCAUCUUCUGAGUCUGAAUAUCGCUGCUGAACAGCAACAUUCCAUAAUCUCGCAUUGGGAAUCAAGGAAUAACAGUGUAUACCGGAAAUCACGAGAUUCCAGUACAUCUCGUCCUGGUACGGAUUACCAAGUGGACGAAAUAGAUGAUGCAGAUCUUUUAGAGGGUGACCUGGAGGAUGACGUAGCCGUGCAACAAGCGUGGACUGAACUGACGGAAAUCACAAGAGAGCAAGAGAGAUAUGCCGAAAUGCGCGCUGCUGCGGAAAAAGAACUCGAGGCCUGUCGAAAGUGUAGCGCUAUGCUCGAGGAUCAACUACCUUCACGCAUCAACUCAGAUGAGGAGCGCGAAUUAUUGGCGUUGAUGCUGCGAGUUCACGAGCUCGAAGCAGACAAGAUGAUGUUGCAGACCGAAAGACUGGUCAAGCAGCACGAACUCAGACGUCGUGAACUAAUGCUGCUUCGUUACGAUCGACAGCGACAAAUUUCUGACGAGAUUAUUACCAGGCAACGACGGAUCAUGGAAGCGGAACGGAACAUCGAAAAUGAUGCAUUCCCCGAGGAUUACUCGUUCACAAGCUCCGUCUCGAACGACUGGCAGCGAGGAGUCGAGAGAGCAAACGGGCUUGUUACCGGAAGUCGCAGGAGAACCGGCGGUAACGGAAUCCACAGCUCUUCAGACUCUCCUUUUUGAAAUGCGGGAGAUGCGACAGGAGCGGGUACGUCGAGAGGAUGAAAUCGCGGCGAUGCUGCGUUGUCACGACGAGGAACUUCAAACCUUAAAGGAGAUUCAUUCCCGACCGCAAAAUCUACAGCUAAGUCCUUCUAUUAAUAGAACGUGUGGAAAUUCGGGUGCGCACUUAAGGUUGUAUGACCCGUAAGAUCUCUGCCAAAAGUUUAAGAAACGUAACAUAAAGCUAAUUAAC